UCGCCAAACGAUGCCUGCAGCGCAUCGCACUCCACCAGCCAUUGACUCCGCAAACAUCGCAUCUCACUCACGGCGGCCAGGACGGUUCCCCAGCACGCACCGUCUGCGCACCGUCUGCGACCGCCGGCUGCAUCCAGCAAGGCGCGAGUCUUUGUGUCUCUCGCGCUCGGCAGGAUGAUGCAAAGCGCCGUCACGGGCAGCCGUGAGGUCAUGGAUAGCGUGCAGCCGAGCUUCUGACGGCGCCCACGCCAUACGUCACCCUUGGCCUGAGUGCCCGAUUCAAAAACAAGAGUCUGCCCUUGAAGACACUGCCAACAAGGCUUCCGUUUCGGGCUCCUAAAUACCAAUCGCUGCCGUCGAAUCUCCCUUGCUCGUCCUGAUAUACCUACAGCCGAUAAUCCUAAUCGAUCCUUCUUGGACAGCAUUCACGUUUCAAGAUGGUUUCUGCAGCCAAGCCCGUGUUCGGCCUGGCCGCCCUGGUCCUGGUCGCCGGAGGCAUCGUGAUGCAAUUCUUCACCAUCCUGUCCGGCGCCAUCAACUCGGCGCCCAUCAAUCAGUUCUACUUCCUGGAGGCCGCGACAAACGGGAUCCCCAACGCGCGCAACCCUUCGCGCUGGACGUUCUUCGCUAUCUGCGGCCGCGACCCCAGCUCCGGACACAAUGCGAACUGCGGAAACGUUGUGCCUGCGCUGCCGUUUGACCCGCCGCGCAACUUUGGCACCACGGACAAUGUGCCCGAGCAGUUUGUCGGCACGAACAUGUACUUCUACCUGUCGAGGUUCAUGUUUGCGUUUUACCUGAUUGCGCUGUUCUUCGCCGUGUGCGCGCUGUUCACGGGUCUGCUGGCGCUGUGCUCGCGUCUGGGCGGCUACCUGUCCGGCCUUACAGUUGCGAUCGCGCUGUUCUUCCAGGCGCUGGCUGCUGCUCUGCUCACUGCCUGGGUGGUCAAGGGCCGCAAUGCCUUCCGCUCUGCAAACCUCGAGGCAUCCGUUGGCCGUUACCUGCUCGGCUUUGCGUGGGCCUCGUUUGCGUGCUUCUUUAUUGCAACCGUUCUGUUCUGUCUCGGUGGUGCGCUUGGUGGUGACCGCUCAUCGGGUGUUAGCCGCCGCCGCUCGACCAAGAGUACCAGGAGCCGCGCCAGCUUCAUGGAUACUGACAGCCAGAGGCGCGUCAAGGAUGACUACUCCGCCUAAACACGAGGAUGUUGGAUGAGAGAGAGGAUUUAAUAAUGAACUAAUGGGGAAGACACUUGAGAGACAAUGUGGGAGCACAUAUAAGAUGAUAUCCAUGACUUAAUGCUACUUAGCGACUGUACAAAGCAAGUUUACUCGUACAUACGUAAUGAAACCCUCUUCAG